UUUCGUCCAGCGAAUUCAAAGCCAACGGGAAAUUUCACCGGAGUUCAUACAAAAUUGCUCUUUAACAUUUUCCGGCGCCGUCCGGCACCUCCUCCACCGUUUGAAAUAUAUUAACAAGUGAGAAGAAACAGACGCGUGUAGAUUGAGGAAUGAAAAAUCGAGGCGGUGGUGAGUUUUAAAUCUGAUACAAACUAAUCUGAAUUUCAAGAGAAAUUGGUGUCGGUUUGGAAUUUUAGGUUCGUUUGGAUGCUAUGCCUUCUUCGGGCAUUAUGAACAGAGUUUUCAGUCGAGUUCGGAAUCUGGACGCGUACCCAAAAGUUAACGAGGAUUUCUACAGCCGUACGCUGUCUGGUGGUGUUAUUACCCUCGUUUCCUCCAUUGCAAUGAUCUUCCUUGUUUUCUCUGAGCUCGGACUAUAUCUACAAACAGUAACUGAAACAAAGCUUGUAGUUGAUACUUCAAGAGGGGAAAAACUACAUAUUAAUUUUGAUAUCACAUUCCCUGCCGUUUCGUGUACAUUACUCAGCCUUGAUGCCAUCGAUAUCAGUGGGGAGCAACAUCUUGAUAUUAAACAUUCUGUAAUGAAGACCAGAAUCGAUGCUAAUGGCAACGAGAUUCAAAUGAGAUAUGAUCGGAUGGGUACCCCUAAGAUUGGAAAGCCCAUGCAGAAACAUGGAGGAGAGCUUGAGCAUAAUGAAACAUAUUGUGGUUCAUGUUAUGGUGCAGAGAAGUCAGAAGAUGAAUGUUGUAAUUCAUGUGAAGAGGUUCGUGAAGCAUAUCGAAGGAAAGGCUGGGGAUUAAUGAAUCCUGAUCUGAUUGAUCAGUGCAAACGAGAAGGUUUUGUUCAGAGGAUUAAAUCUGAAGAAGGUGAAGGAUGUAAAGUGCACGGAUCUUUAGAGGUCAACAAAGUGGCUGGAAAUUUUCACUUUGUCAAAAGCUUUCAUCUGUCCAAUAUACAUGUAGGCCAUGAAGGCCAGGCCUUUCAAGAGGAUGGUUAUAAUAUAAGUCACAAGAUAAAUAAACUAGCUUUUGGAGUCAAUUAUCCUGGUAUUGUGAAUCCACUUGAUGGGGUGCAUUGGUUUCAAGGAAUACCAAAUGGAAUGUAUCAGUAUUUCCUUAAGGUGGUGCCAACUGUAUACACUCCUGUUAGAGGCCCAGUUAUUCAGUCAAAUCAGUUCUCUGUGACAGAACAUUAUAAGGGUCCAGAAAAACUUGGCCAACGGGCGCUUCCUGGAGUCUUUUUCUUCUAUGACCUCUCUGCAAUUAAGGUGACUUUCACAGAAACGCAUACCUCCUUCUUACACUUCUUGACUAAUCUUUGUGCAAUAGUUGGAGGUAUAUUCACAGUUGCAGGAAUAGUAGAUUCAUUCAUUUACCAUGGUCAUAAGGCUUUGCGGAAGAAAAUGGAAAUCGGAAAAUUGGGCUAAGCUUGCUAUGAUCUUUUCUACCUUAAACCCUCGCCACCCACUCCAGUUUCGACAAUCCUGGAUUUCGUUGGUACAAACUCUUUGUCCUCUCGAUAUUGUCGUUGUAAUUAUCUUUUCUAACUAGUUAUUAGUAACGCCCAUAUCUGUAUAGUUCAGCGACGUAGGAACAUUUUUAACAUUCUUUGUAAACAGUGUACACAA